UCACGUCUAACGACCAUCAGAUUCUCAUUUGGAGACAAGCAUAUAACAAAUACCGUCAUUUGAAUUCAGAAAUUGAAUCCGAUACUUUGCAUCAACGAAGAGUCAUUUCUGCUCAGGAAAUGGCCAAUUUCGCAUCCAAGAGUCUUUUCGGAGGGGCAAUUUCGGUGGACCUCCCGCCAAACUUCAUCGAUGUGAGCGAAGUCCGUCAAGUCCCCGAUAAUCAAGAAGCCUACCUCGACCCGGAUGGCUUUACAAGCAUCGUCGUGGAGAUCCUCGAACGAGUAGAGAGCGAAGGCGGAGACGACGAAGCUGCAUUCAGGGAGCACUUCAAAGAGCUCACCGACGAGAGCGAGGACGCGAAGAUCUUGCCCGGUAGCAUUCGGCGCGUCGAUAUUUCAGAAGUCAAGCUGCCAGCCGACGUAGCGAUAUACACACUCGACGGAAGCGCACCACCAGGCAGAAACGAACGUGAUCGACAAGCGGCGGCAAUUCCCUCUGGUGGUGCAUCCGAGAGCGAUCUGCCCGGAACCGCUACCGUGACGGUCCUUGUCGCAUUGCUGCGUUUGAAGGCACAAGACACGGACAUUCUCAUCUCGGUCAAUGUGCCAGAGCAUGACAAGGCAAAUCUCUUAGAGGCAGCGAAACAACUCCGAAGUCGGAUGGUGUCGACAUUUGAAAUUAAGGACUGGGGAUUGUUUGUUCAGGAGUGAAUAGUAUCGUCUUUAUUGUCAACAAAAGAGGGAACCGAGGCAUAAGAUGGAAAAAAAACAUAAUCGUUCGCGCAGACAUCUACCGUCUAUCAUUCAUCGC